UCAGCGGCUGUGAUGGUGUGGAUUCAUGGAGAGGGGUUUUACGCAGUUGCAGGAUCUGUAUCUGAACAACUUCCUAUACCAUUAUCAUCUUAUGGAAAAGUCAUUGUCGUCUCUUUCAAUUAUCGACUUGGAAUGCUGGGAUUCUUGAAUACAGGUGACGGAGAAAUUCCAGCCAACCUUGGUUUGUUUGAUCAACGAGAAGCACUCAAAUGGGUUCAAGAAAACAUAGCAGCUUUUGGAGGUGAUCCAGGACGUGUAACUAUAUUUGGUGAGAGCGCUGGAGGUGCGAGUGUUAAUUUUCAUCUUGUAUCACCGCUUAGUGCAGGACUUUUCAGAGGUGCUAUACUGCAGAGUGGGAACGCCCUUUGUGAAAUUGGUUAUGCCGACCUCGUCGAGAAGACAUUCGAGUUUGGAAAAGGAGCCGGAUGUGACUUCAACAACAGCAAGGAUCUUGUGGAUUGUUUGAGAGGAAGAUCAUUGGAAGAAUUGAAGGAUGGAUAUAUUUUUAUGAACGUGCACGCACGUCAUAUAGAAUUCACCCCCGUUGUGGAUGGGCACUUUUUACACGACACACCACUCAAGCUGAUGCAGCAAGGACAUCUCAACGUUGAUAACGUCCUCCAUGGGGACUUACUCAACGAAAGGUUCUGUUUCACCAUCUAUGGCAGACUCGCUUCCCGUGGAUACUUCCCUCCUCCUGUUUUAUCUCUCGACGACUUCAAGAAUCAUCUUGCGAACUCCUUCAAGAUUGAUGAUCCGCUUAUUCAAGAUACGAUUGUCUUUGAGCUCUCUGACUCGGCACAUAUUACAGGAGAUAAAACUGACUACUUUAAGGAGUUGACAGACGCUUUCACUUCUAUACUCCUUUGCCCUGUUAAUCCGUUCGCCAAUCUGCUGUCAACGGCGGGUAAAACGGUCUACCGCUACCCUACGACACACCACCCUUCUCCUCCGAUAUGGGCAGGACUAACUGAUGAAGAUGAUAUCCCGAUUUUUGGGGGCGGUCCUCUACUGCAUAAGAGGGAAUAUGUUCCUAGGGGCAUGUCUGGAUUCUCCGAUGGGGCCGAGGAGGCGGCCUUUUCCAGACAGAUCAUGCGAUACUGGUCUAACUUCGCAAAAACAGGGAAUCCCAAUUUAUCAACUCAAGAUCCAAAGGAAGCCAAUAACCCGCUCGAUCUUGAGGAAUGGCAACCGUUUAAAUAUGGAGAACGCUACAACGAAGAAUUGGAUUCUGGAUUUCCUACAAAGGAAGGUGUGAUGAAAGCCAAGGGAUGUCACUUCUGGACCACAAUCUUUCCGAAGAUGAUGGCCCAAUCAUUUGAGCUGUCGAAGCUGAAAACGAUGUUAGCCGACCAAGUAGCUGCUCAUAGCACUGGAACAUGCGAUGGUGAUUCUUGUCCGGAGCAGUGAUGUCCGAAAAGCUCAGUGGUGGGGCGGGGGCUUGGUGGAGACGGGGCGGGUGUGCAUGGAAGAGGAGGGGUGGUAAGUGAUGCCAGGUAGAGUUGUCAGGCGUAUGUUUUGUUUAACUACCCCAAAAUACGCAAUGUACGAGCUGUUUAAUUCAUAAUUUAAUUACAAAUGGUAUUUGAAUGACUCUAAAUUAAUAGAUAAAUAGCUCUUUUUUAUUUGAAAUAAACAAAAUUAAAGAAAGCAUUUCCGCAGUUUUGGUUACAUAGAUUAAGCUACUUAUGUAAAUGAUUUUGAACACGAAUGUGAUAUUUCGAAUCUUAUAGAAAUAGAAACAGGGGAUAAAGUGAAUGCUUUUGUUAUGAAAGUUAAAGAUUACUAUCGUUUGUUGAUACAUAGAAAGUCAAAAGAACCAAAUGUCAUUUACUUCUGGAAUUCUUUUUUAGAUGUGGAUAAUGACUUUGUUUAGAAGAAUGUAUUUUUAUUUAAAUUAAAGCAUAUUUGUAAUAAUAAAGUUAAA